CUUGGGCCCACGCGCGAGUCAUGAGUCAUGACCCACCCAAAUUACUAUCGCCUCCCCUCCCCUGCACUCCAGAUCUAUCUCCUUUCUUUCCAUCAACCUCAUUCCUCCAUCUCCGACCUGAUAGAGGUUUCUGUGAGAGCAAGGGAUAUGUGUCCGCUGAGACUUAUUCUCAUAUUUCUCUCCGCAACUCUAGCCGGCUUUUUCGUCCUUAGAAACCUCAGAUCUCAACAACCCCUCAACGUCGAUGAUGCCAUUGACAGCCCCAACAAUCGCAGCGACUCCUCGUUCAAUCCUCCAAUUAACGGAUUCUCUAAGACUCGGUCGAUUGUGGAAUCGGGGUUUUGGGGUUUUGUGGAUAUGGCUACUGGUCGCUACCUGUGGAGGCAUUUGACCUCCUCUUCAUCGCCUCCCAAACGUUCCAGUUGAUGGGGAAACUCAUUUAAGGCUAACUCAAAAUGUGGGUUCUGCUGCUUGAGAUCCACGUUUCUUCAGGCAGAUGCUUUGGGAUGAUUUAAAGUUUUUUCCCCUUUUUCUUCCCUCUAAUCCUUUCCCCAAUGUCUCCUUUGUGUGCUAAGUGGUGAACUAGUAUAGCAUGCUAUUGCAAGUAACUUGUCAAGGCUUGCUUAUGUAUUUAUGCUGGGUAUACAGUUUCUGGAUAGCAAACAUGAAGUUUAUGGUUGGACAUGGUUCAGCGUUCCAUUUGAACGUUCAGGUGCUUAGGAUAUAGGGGUAUCAAACUAGGUAGAAUCGGUAGCGAUGGGAUGGGAUGGGAAUGUGAAUUUCUUGGUUAUACACUGGUUGCUCUGCCUCAAUUCUCCUUGUUUCAUUUCCUGUCAUUAAUCAUGUCGAAUCUG